AGUUGUGUUGGUAAAUCGCAAUUAAAUAUAUUACAUUAGCCGUUUUCUGCCACAAUUUUAAAAUUUUAACUUGUUUAACACACCUACUUUUGUUCGAAUGUUCCAAACUGUAGACAGCAGCCAGCGGUGUUUUCUCAGUUCUGAUUUCUUGAAACAGUGGAGUAUUAUUUUAGAACAAGUGAUAACGCAUAAGUUCCAAAGCUAACAUAACUAUUAAUCGUUUAUCUUAUAUGUACUCAUUAUUCAGGUAAUUAAACGUAUUCUUUGAUGGAAUAAUUACUUAUCUAUAAAUUUUAUUUCUGUGUUUUCAGGACCCUGCACCACAUUUUCAGAUGUACUUUUUCUUCCCCGUGAAACAAUAUUAGAGUUCUUUCUUACCUGUAGUCUUCCAGUACCUAUAUUCUCUUCCUCAUUUAUAUUUGUUAAAUUCUUUUUUCUCUAAUCUUCUACUCUUUGUUGUUUUUUGUUGCUGAUAUACUGACUGAUUACUGUGAUGGGUUGCAGUUGCAGGGUACAAAAUGCUGUCUGUGAUGGAAGGAAAACUAAUUUCAAAUUUGGAAGAAAAUUUACAAAAAAUUCAUAUGACUCUUUAUAUCAAACAGAAGCGCGCCGCUCCGCUUUCGUUUCGUCAGCUUCGUUUCGCUAUGGAACCGGCGGGAGAUUGAUCUCGGAGAGGAUGCUAACGGUGGAUAAGUGCAGUGCAGUGUCAGUGUUGUAAACGUGAAUUCAGUGGAAGUGUUACAUAAGGGUCGGGAUGUGUGAAGUCGGAAGCCCGCCCUGACGCGGCGCGCCGGCGUCCGCGGCGGGCGAGGUGCGUGUCAUGGCCCCGGCUCUGUCCACGACACCUCGUACAUUCGAUUCAUCUGACGACGUGGAAAAGCCAUUAUCCCAUCGACGGGCGCUCGCGUCCGUCGAUAACCUAUCUGCACACAUGGAGGAAGACGAUAUGGGGCUUCAAAACCAGCCUAGCCUCGCCAAAGAUUCACAGGAGAUGGAACAGAUCCUUGUUGAACUAGGGAACAGUGACCUCGCCCCUGACUUGCUCCAAGCCAUCAAAACUCUAGAAGGUGGUGAUGGCCUGUCAACAGGUGACACUGAUGCAAUUUUUCCUUUAUCUGGCUUUGAUUUGACGGACACUGUUGAAUCUGAAGGUGAUGCGGCAGAAGAUAAAAUCAGAUUAAUGCAAGCCCGUCUCGAAAGGCGAUGCGCAUUUUUACAAAGAAGGUUGAGGAUAUUGCAAGCUAGAGCUAUUGGUAAAAGGAUAUCUGAAGAAGCUGCCCAAACUUUUGAGAAGUGUACCCGAGCAGCUCGCAAAGAUGGUGGUGGGAGGCCUAUGGGCCUGAAAGCAUUUUUAAAGAGGAUAGAGACGACAGCGGCAUUACAGGCCAGCGCUGCAUCUAGAUCAGUGGUUGGGCCAAAAUAUUAUCGUGCGGGGACAUCCAAAGGAGAUGCAUCAAGGUCUGCCACCUUAGGGAUCCCAUCUGGAACACUAACUGGGCUUGAGGAUACAGCUGGGGCUUUGCGUUCCCAUUUGUCUGUGGUGAAGCAGGAGCUGGAUUCUGAUGCCACGGCGUCGUCAUCAGGCGCAGAGAGCAAUGAUGAAGCAGUGGUGUACAACAAUCCUCAUCAGCAACAAAUGCCCAUUGAAAAGCGUGCGUUGUGGACGUGGCAGAAGACACGCGCGUCCAUAGCGUCGCGUUGGUGCUGGCUGCAAGCCCAGGUCCAAGAGUUGGAGUACAAGAUCCGGCAGCACAAUGACCUGCAUAAACAGGUCCGCGAAGCCAAAGGCCCAGUAGAGUUUGAAGGCGAGCCCGUCGGCUACGAGGGUAGUCUCCCGGGCUCCUCGCCGGCCGACGACGACCCCGCCACGGAAACAUGCGCAAGAGUACGCCCCCUGAAGAGAGAAACAUUCAAGAAACGGAAGCUGUUGCAGAUGCAUAACCUGCAUAUUGCUACUAAUAAGGCGGCCAAACCUUCCGAUGUUAGAUGCAGUUGCCAGUACGGCGUGGAGAGCUGCGCCGUGUGCACGGGCCGCGCGGAGCCCACGCAGCCCGCGCCGCCCGCCUCCACGCUCAGCGCCGCGCAGCGCAUCGCCCGCGUCGACCCGGGCUACCAUCCCGUGCUUAGCGAUAUUACAGACGUGCCGCCGUCUUUGCACGCGGGCGCGCUGUGCUCGCGCGCGUGGUUCCGGCCGCAGCUGGGCGCCGGCCCGCGCGCGCGCGCCGCGCCGCCGCCGCCCAAGCCGGCCCGGAGGCUGGUCACACGAUUGAAAAGAGGAAGACCACCGUUAUCAAGAAAAAUACGGGAGAGGGAGCGAGAAGAGAGUGAUAAUACAACUUCUGGACAGGAGAGAAACCGCGGCCGAACAAGCACCGAGUCGCGCCAGCGCCGCCAGUCAUACGACAUCGACAACAUCGUGAUACCGCAGAGCGUGGCCGCCAACACCAGGCCGCAGAUACUCACCUACAAGGAGAUUAUAACGCCCAAAUGGCGAGUGCUAGAAAUUCCUGAGGUGCCAUUGAACAACGGAGUUACGAGGUCGAGUAGAAUUUCACUCGAGAGUGAGGAGGAAGACGUCUCCGAGAACGCGGUAUUCGCCCGCCACCAGCUCGCCGAGCACCGCGAGCGCACGCGCUACCUGCGCGCGCCGCGCCCGCGCCGGCAGCGGCCCGACGCCGACCACGGUGACGUCACGCCGCGUGACGUCGUCAGUGACGUCACGCGGGACGCCGCCGGUGACGGCACGCGGGACGCCGCCGGUGACGGCACGCGGGACGCCGCCGGUGACGUCACGCGGGACGCCGCCGGUGCCGUCGCGAGAGACGUGACGCCGCCGGUCAACGACGAACCGCAGGAGACAAUAAGACCAUACACUCCGAGGCAGUUUCCAUUACCGGAAGACGCAUACAUGGAUAUGCUUUCUGCUAUGCCUGACGGAUACAGGCCGAGCAGUCCGGAGCCCACUCCGCCUCCCAUAGAAGAUGACGGUAGCAGUACGCUGUCACCGAUGUCACCGUUGAUCUUCGAUGGGGACGAUCCCGAUGAUGUGGAAUGGGAUCCGAGCAGUGAGAAAGCUGAACGGAGAAAAAGUGCUUUCAGAUGAAUCCAGUGACGUAUAUGCGACCUUUGGCAACUAAAUGUGUGGAUGUUGAAGAAUUUGAUGUGCGGUACUUCUAAAUUUGAAGGAACAAAACAUGAAAAAUUGAGUGUAAAUGUGAGUGUGUGAAAAAUUGGUAUUGACGUCGGGUAAUGUGUGUAAGUGAUAUAAUUAAUAUGCGACAAUCUGCCAUAUUGCGUAAAUGAAACUGAAACCAUUGUAAAAUCUGCCCACAGCUUUAUUUAUGUGAUGCUUUCUGACAGAUUAUCAAACAAAACCUUGGAAUCUUGUCCUUUUGUAAAAUCUGGCAAGAUCUAUCGUAGAUAGUGUUAUUUGCGUUUUUCAUGUCAAACUUACUCAACUCUAACAAUAUUCAGUUUAGUUCUUAUUUUUUAAAUAAUAGGUAACUAUAUUUUAAUGUUAAAAUUAAGUACACAUAUUUUAAGGGUAGACUGCAUUGGAUUGUGACAACUUUUAACAAUAAACAUAAAUUGGUAAAUGUGAAAAACAUAACACCUUAUACCAAUUGGUUGGUUAAGAAAGUAGCUACUUUUAAUUUCUUUUAAAAUGUGUAGGAGGAAUUGAUCGACAUCCCUUUGGAUUUUUGUACUUAAUUCGUUCAAACAUUGAAUUUUAUAUAGAAAAUAAGGGUUUCAGAAAACUUGCAUUAUGGUCUUAACAUUGUUGAUUGUACAAAUAAGAAAUAUGAAUAUUGAAUACCUCGUUUUAGUAUAAUCAAAGAUAUUGCUUGGUAUAAAAAGUCCGAAAGUCGACGGGCUUUCGGCGUACGAAUAAUUUGACGACAAAUAUAUGUAGUCUUUGCCUGCCUUGGGCGUUUUUCUGAAGGGACAUUUCAUCUUCAAACCAAACAUGACAUUAUGGACUUACUUUGUCAAUGUCCAUAAGAUUCACGUUAAGAUGAGAUAGUUAUAACAAAGAUAUUGCCAGACUAGCCUUUUUUCUAAUAUUGCCUUAAAUCUGCAUAUUGUGUUGAUUUAGAACUAGACAAUAAGAAGUUGUAAUUUAUUUUUGUAUUAUGACACAGAUAGUGAUCUCCUCCUGUAUUAUACAAACGCCUUUGCCUCCAAAAAUGUGUAAUUUAGAAAUGGGAUAUUUUGAUAAUAUCCAUGUAAAUACUUGUGUAAGUUUAGUCAAUGCAUUGAUUUUAAGUUAAGCAUGUUUUUGGUUAAAAUUUUUGGGUAAGAAAGAAGAGGUAUUACUUUUACAAUGGUUUUGUGGUAAUAAAACAUAUUUUCGGUUAAUAAUGAGCAAAUACGAUUUAAUGAACAAUGACUGCAAAAUGCAUUUUGUUUUAAAUUAAAAUGUUCAUGGAAUAAUCAUUUAUUUGAUUUUCAAAAUAUUUCAUUAGUAAGUACAUACUGUAUCUCCUUAUCAAAUUUGAAUAUUAUAUGAGGAAGCAAGAGAGAAAUGAAAUGAAGUUUAUCUUUAAUUUAGGGGAUAUAAUUAUUUUGCUAUACUUCUAGCCCAAAUUUAGUCCUGGCAUUUGUACCAUUUUACCAGUGUAUUGCAACACCAUGGUUCAGGCUGGGAGGUAAUUUAUAUAUAAGCUACUGCUACCAAAUCUUCGUAACCUAGCUUCGAUCACGGUUACAUAUUAAAUUGCAAGUUUUCUCACGAUAUUUUCCUUUUGACAAAUACAUACAUUGUUAUAAAUGAAAUAUAGUUUUUAUAAUUUUAAUUCCCAAAAAAAAAUUAAAGUGUAUUGUUUAAAUACAUAUAUGUAACUAGGAAAUAUGUAAUUGUAUUAUAAAUAAAAUUGUAAAAAAUAUUAAGUUUGUUGUUUAGUAUUACAUAGCGCGCGGACGUUACGUUUGCAGUAAAAUUAUAUGCGUACAAACAUUCCUAAUGGGUCAUCAAACAAUAAUAGAAACAUAUUUAUUGUCCAAGAAAUAAUAGUAUUAUAAAUAUACAAAUGGAAACUCGCCUGCUAGCCAUAUUCAGAUGCCUGGCCAGGAGAAAAAAUCAACAGAUAUAUUUGAUUCCUUUUUGAGAAUUGGCAGAACAAACAGAUAAAAAUUACCAUUGUCAUUGUUUCAUACAUUUACCUUAAUAUUACAUUAUUGUAUGUUAAUUUUAAGUAGUUAUAAGAAUGCCCUGUGUCGCGUAGCGGCAGUUUAAAAAGAUUUGUAAUUAUUUGGGCACUGAAUAGUAACUUAUAGACUGGCUAGUUACGUGUUACUAGAAUCUCUGAAAGAGGAAAAUAUUUGUGGUCCCCGAAUGUGAAAUGUAGCCAUACAUAUAUCGCAUGUAUACUGAAUAAGUAAUUUUCAUGUUUAGAUUUGAAUUUUUCUGAUUGUUUUUUUUUUGUAUAGCAACGGUAAACGGUUAUAACGACUUUAAAUAAUAAAAACUGAUUUUAAAUUCGAUUAUUACUGUACCUGGGGCGAUUAAUGGGCAAGCGUUGGUAUAAAUGUUAUUAAAAUGAACUAAUUCUUGCAACCUGUAGGUAACUAAUGUCAGACAGUAAAUAAUUUGAGACAUUAAGCUUGAAGCUACAAAUAAAAAGCUUUGCACGUCAUAAAUAAUUAUAAUAUAAGUAAACAUUUAACGCAGUUAUCACAAGUUUCCACAAAUAAUGUUUAAACAAAUUACUUACAGCCUAACAUUGAUUACUUUUCCCUUAUGUUUUGGGUUGUAUUUAAAAAAAAUGUCAUUGGAUUCAAAAUUUUAGUUAUUUUACUAGUCAUCCGUGAAAUCAAUUUAUCUUGCACUGCACAUUGAAUGUAAAGAAGUUUCUUGCAUCAGAAUUCAAGCCACAGUUUAUUUUGUUUUUUUUUUCUAUAAACUAUCCCAUUUUAACUGUAACUUAUGUACAUACCUAGUUUCUAUAAGAAUGUAUUUGAGAAGUUUCUUUUGAACAGAAGCCAAAGUCUUCUUGUUUAUGAUAUAAGUAUAGUAUAAGUUUUUUAAGAUGACUAUAUGAUUCGAAUGCUUGAGAAAAGGAAGUGUAUGAUAAAUAAAAAGUUAAAUUUCAAUGAGUUUA